AUGCGAGUUCUAGAAUUUGGCGUUUUAGCCAACCUCGCCAUCUCAGUGAGCGGGUUUUCCGUAGGCCGCACCAACCAGGCUCGCGGUGAGAGUGCGUCGUCCACGGUACCUCCCUCGUCCUCCCCAACCAGUGAUGCUUGGAAGACCUUAGAAUGUUCCGCAGUCCAGGGUGAUGCAAAGGCUCAAUGGGAGGCGGCAGGUGCUAAUGCUGCCUGGAAUACAACCAUGAGUUCCUGGAUGCAGAACCGGAAGGGUGGUUUAUCCCAGUUUGUUAGCAGCUUUCUUCAUGGCCCUCAGUAUAUGAGAUGUAGCGAUAUUGCCACUGAGAACCGUUGCUCCCAGCCUGUGGAGUGCAAGGAUGCUACUAUCCCGGCCGGCGCUCUGAUUUUGAAUGGAUUUGCGGGUAUCCAUCAACUCCAUGCCUCAGUUUUCCAGGCUAUCGGCAAUGUCCAAGCCGACGUAUCGAAUGAUGUUGGCUCCUUCACUUCCACCUUCGCCCCUCAGCCGCCUAAAGAAACGGGUGUCACUUUGAAGAAUAUCUUCGAUUCUAUGGCGUUGGUUAUAAGCCUAGGCUCAGCUGCAGUCUUCAACAUCGCCAUGAAGCAGGUAGAGAAUGUCGUUGCUAAAGCUAUGGUCGCCGAUGCGCUAGCCGCUAGCAUGGGCGCCGUGGGUGCCUUCUAUAAGACUAAUAUGAGAGGUGCCAUCGAGGGUCUACAGGUUCAAAACACCAUCGAUUCCUACCUAGGCGAGACUAUGAAUGCCUGGAAGGGCAUUGAGUCUGACUAUCUCGACGACCUAUUCUCCGACAAGAAUACCGACACCAAUACUCUUUAUAACAUGAUUAACAAUGGUGCUAUGGGCGAAAUCAUGAAUACUCUUGACCUAAACGACACCAGCAACGACGUCAAAAAGAUCCUUUAUGGUCAGAUGAUCCCGUACGCAUGGUCUGUUUCUCAGGAUAACGUGCAUCCUUUCAUUUGGCGAACCGAGGAACCCUGCGACGGAACUACCACCACCGUCCCCGAAAGUACCUAUGACCUUAUUGGCCUUCGCAGCCUGCCUCCUAAGGUCAAUGCAUGCUUCGACGGCAAGCUUCAUUACCUACUAAACGCUCACCCGACUGAGCACGGCCAGCACCUUGUAACCGAGCUUCCAGGUGGAGACCAUCUUACUAUGGAUGGAAGCAGAUGGGGUGGAAUCAUCAUUGAGGACAUAAUUGAGUCUAGCGUUUCCGGGUGGUUGCAAAACAAAGGGCAGAAUGGAUAUCCUGGGAUGAACACUGAUAACAUCGUGAGCACCUUUGGCAAAGACGUUCCUAGUGUCCGAACUGCUGGAUUCUUCCAGUUGCCAGUGUGUACAGAUGGGAUCCUCACCCUCGACACGAUCCAAAAAGCUGAGGCUAGGGAGGGGAACCAAAAAUAUUUCAAAGACUCCCCCUAUUACCCCUGCCCAGAUCCUAAUGGAUACAAUAUAAAGGGUACCAAUAUUCAUGUUCCAUAUCACGGUUGCAUUGUGAUCAAUGAGAGUAAGCUUUGCGCUGGGCCCUUGGGUGGAGGAUCCUAUAACGUCCGAGAUUCAAAUAAGGCCAAUAGCACAGCAACUAUCUAUUCCAAGUUCAAUGGCGAUGAUAAGGCCAAUUCCAAAGUGACUCCCGGUUGCAAGCUCAAUGCACAAUGGCCUCGUGACUGGGCUGAUCUGGACUUCAACGAUGACUGUCUCGAGGAUCGCAACGGAUAUUACAAGCUGUGCUGUGAUGACACGACAGUCAACCAGGACCUUGUCACCAACCCAUAUGCGAUUUAA